UCAUGCUGCUGCCAGGUCCAGAGUGUCUCAUGGGUCCCUGUACGGCCUCCCAUUGCUGCUGUCUCCAUCGCCACACUCUGCCAUGUGCCACUUUCAGGUCUCCUCACACUGCUGGUGUGUUCCAUUUUGUCAUAGGGUGCUGGCAGAUUACGGGCCUCCCAUUGCUGCUGCCAGGCCUGUAAUCUGCCAUGGGCCCCUGUACCGCCUCCUCAUGCUGCUGCCAGGUCCACAGUGUCUCAUGGGUCCCUGUACGGCCUCCCAUUGCUGCUGUCUCCAUCGCCACACUCUGCCAUGUGCCACUUUCAGGUCUCCUCACACUGCUGGUGUGUUCCAUUUUGUC